UUUCGUUGUUGUUAUAUUCUCAUUUCAUUUUGAUUUCAUUGUUUGUUGCUUGUGUAUUUUUUAUCCUGAAGACGAAAAAAUAAAAAUAAACGAUCAACAUAUCACGAAAAAACAGCAAAAAAACACGAAUAUUUGGUGAUUAAAGAAACAAAAUAAAUUGUGGAAUUUCUUUGUGAUGAAGUAAGGUGGAGAUUGGGAAAACCAGAGGGACAAACGCUUUGAUUUUUUUUUUUUCAUCAUAAAAAUUGCGAUUUAGCAUUUAAUUCGCAACAAUCGAUAUGGAUGGAGCUGAUGGUGGUAUAGAUUCGAAAUCGUUUGGUGGCAAACCAGCUAGAGGAUGGUCACAUGCCGACAACAUCAUUUCUAAUGAAGGGGUCACAUUCAAUGUUCGCUAUAUCGGAUGCCUUGAAAUAAAAACUUCAAUGAAAGUGCUGGACUUUACGUUGCGAUCAUUGGUUGCCAAGGAAUGUAUAAAUCGUGUUUGUGAAGCGGGCGGUUUAAAAACAUCGAAAAAACGGCGUUGUGAUAAACGGAUACAGCAGGCAUUAUCCGAUAUGCCAAACAUGGAUAUGGCUGGAACAAAUGCGAUCUUACGUGUAUCGAGUAAAUUUUUAUCACUCGUAGGUUUAGAAAAUAAUGAAGCGAUUGCAAAACAUGACAUGCCCCGAAUAUCAUUUGCAUCCGGCGGUGAUUCAGAAACACUGGAUUUUGUUGCAUAUGUCGCGAAAAAUGCAACAGACUGGCGCGCCUGCUAUGUACUUGAGUGUGGCGGUGGUCAAGCCUCUGAUUUAAUUGCUGCUAUAGGUCAAGCAUUUGAACUUCGAUACAAUGAAUUCUUCAAUAAAACACACGUUGAAUUUUCAUUUAAUACAAAAAAUUUAACCGAAAAUUUAACAACCGAAAAAGAUUAUUAUAACGAUUUACCGGGCAAGUUACCACCUGAUUUCUUGGAUCCAGUAGAAGAUAUACCACCGCAACAAUCACAACCAGCAAAAAAGAUGACAAUUCAGAAACCACGAGAACGUUUAAGCAGUAAUUUAAUUGAUUUGAACAGUCCACCCCCAGAUCCAAAUUAUGUAAAUGAUAAAAGUUUUGAUGUGAAUAGUAACACAACACCGCCGGCAAUCACCAGAGAUGUGUUUGAUAUGCAACCAUUUUCACUGUCGGCUGAAGUGCAGCGAUCACAACUUUUGACGGAACAAUGGUUUCAUGCAUCAAUAAGUCGACAGGCUGCUGAAGCGAUGCUGAAGCAAGAUGGCGAUUUUUUGGUUCGUGAAUCACAAAACAAACCUGGGCAAUAUGUUCUUACCGGAUUACAAGAGCAAACUCCAAAGCACUUGUUACUUAUCGACCCAGAAGGAACGGUGCGCACGAAAUAUCGCAUAUUCGACAGUAUAAGCCAUUUAAUAAAUUACCAUUGGACCAAUGUGUUGCCCAUCAUAUCAGAGCAAAGUGCACUCGUUCUUCGUAAUCCAGUUAUUAGAGACUAUUCGGUGCCAUCGUAGCAUUGCAGCACAAAUGAUAGGGACUAAACAAUUCUUUUUUUUUCUUAAAAAAAGCUAUUCAAUCCGAAAUUUAUACCAUAUAAGAAUUAUAAAUACUUAGCUUCGAAACGCGAUAAAUUCGCAUUUCUUUGUAUUGCAUCAUUCCCUUGAUUUAUACGAACAAAAAAAGUACACAUUUUUAUUUUAAAACAACAUAUUCUAUAAUAAUUGUAGCGAACAAAUUAGAAAUUUUUAUAUCUCAUGUAUACGCAUAUUGAAUGCAUCAUUUCGAUACUUUUGGGAUCAAAAUUAGUGCCACAAUUGUAUAAAUUGCAAAUAAUUUUUUUUAGCAACACGGACAAUAUAUUGCAAAUUCAAAAAUAUUUUUAAAACGAAAAAUUGAAAAAUUAGCGAAUAAAAUUUAUAUUUACCAUUUUACACUCAUCUAAAGAUCUAAUGGAACAAAAAUAAAAAUAAAAAUAAAAAUGCAAGUCAAUUUACAAGCAUACACAUAUGAGCGACGUUUUUUUCCGUACAAUGUAAA